CCAAAUGUUUAGAAUGAAGUGGUCUUAAUUCUUUAUAAGCAGAUUUUUUUAUGGAGAUAUCAUAUAAAAAUUAGCAAAUAAAAACAACACAUUAUAUUUAAAAACUAUAUCUACACUUUUCUUAUGAAGAAGAAGCAAAAACAAAACAAAACAAAUAAAUAAAAAUAACACAUGCAUAUUUACAUCUGCAGAAUUUUAAAGCUUCAAAUAUAUAAAAUAAUAAACUAACCCCUAAUCUAUAUGCAUCACAGCAAUAAAUAUUUUACUCAACAACUGUAUGUAUUGGACAUGUAAAAAAUUGUGUGACACAAUUUUAACAGUAUGUAUACAUAUAACUUACACUUAAAUCCACAACAGAAUAUAUUCGUUCUUAUAUAAACAAAGACAGCUAUUUAAAUUAAAAUUUUCGGAUCUCUUGUUAAUAUUGUAAAAAUGAGCCACACAUGUUUCCAUGGUGAUGAUGUUUGGUGUUUCAUCUGCAUGCAAAAAAUGAGAAGACAUUAUAAAACAAUAAUAUACAUAAAAAUUGAUUCACCUGUGAAAUGAAAAUUUAAAUAAAAUAUAAUAUUGUAGCAUUCAGUAACAUGGGAAACAACAACAGGGAAAAAUUUGAAAUUCUUGACAUGAAGGAAGGUAAAUCAAGGAAGUAUGACCCCAAUUUUAGUGGACCGAUUAAAAAUAGGAGUUGCACUGAUAUCAUAUGUUGUGUUCUAUUUUUACUGUAUUUCAUUGGGAUGCUAGCAGUUGGUAUUCUAGCAUAUAGCACUGGAGAUCCUACAAAAUUGUUAUAUCCCACUGAUUCCCAUGGUGAUACUUGUGGUGAAGGAAAGCAUGCCGAUAGAAAGAAUUUGUUUUAUUUCGAUCUUUUGGAAUGCAUUCCCAAAUCGAUCAGCGAAAUUUACAGUUUGACAGCCUGCAAAACACAUCAGAUUUGUGUGAAAAAUUGUCCAACCGACAAUACAUACUCCAAAACAGCUGAUAGAGACAAGUUGUAUUGCAAAUAUGAUGCACAAUCGAAAGUGAAAACAAUGUCAAGUGAUGAGAUUGCGAAAAACUGUGCCAAGUAUACACUUCAAAGUACAGAUUUGGCGUACAGAUGUGUUCCGACUUUGGUUGGGGGUAGUCUGUCUAACUUUUUAAAAAGCAAUACCAUUAAUACAGAUGGGAAGAAUUUAACAGUUGAAAAUAUCAAGUGGGGAACAAUUGCUCAGAGUGUGUUGGUAAACAUUCAAAACACAGGCCGAAAGGUUGUAGCAGACGUUCAGGAAUCUUGGUAUUGGAUUCUCGCUGGAUUUGGUAUCACCAUGAUCGUGGCUUUUAUUUACAUCUUAAUUAUGAGAUGGGUGGCUGGUUUAAUGGUUUGGCUGACGACAUAUGCAGUGUUGACCAUCAUUGGAUAUUGUACGUAUUAUUGUUACACAGAAUAUGAUAGAUUAGCAUCUACAGACACGAGUGAUAUUGGAUUCGAUUUUGUAACUAAUCUUGACAGCUACAGCGACAAGAAAGAGACAUGGCUGGUGCUGGGAAUUAUAUGCGCUAUUAUUCUUCUGGUUAUUUUGUUGUUGUUGUUGGCGUUGCGUAAAAGAAUACAGAUUGCCAUUCAGCUUAUUAAAGAAGGAAGCAGAGCACUAACCGCUAUGAUUUCCACGUUGUUUUUCCCCUUACUUCCAUGGCUGAUGCAGCUAAUUUUGUUUUGUUGGUUCGUGGCUGUACUGGCUUUCCUCGUCACAGCAGGUGAUGCUGAGUUUGAGCAGGUCAACAAUGGAACUUUUUCUAAAAUUGCGUGCACAGCAACGGACGCUAUUAAUGACUGGAUCCCAGGCUCCAAUGAUACCAUCUCUUGCAACUUUAAGAAAUAUGUAAACAAUGACAAUAUCCUUCGCCUUCAAGUGUUUCAUCUUUUUGGGUGGUUUUGGAUUAUGAAUUUUAUCGUUGCGUUUGGUCAAUGUGCUUUAGCAGGUGCAUUUGCAUCGUGGUAUUGGGCGUGGGACAAGAAAACGGAUGUGCCUACUUUGCCAGUACUGAUGUCUGUUGGGCGUACAUUGAGAUAUCACACUGGCUCGUUAGCUUUUGGUUCUCUUAUCAUCGCCAUUGUGCAAAUCAUCAGAGCUGGUUUAGAAUAUCUGGAAUGGAAACUACGAGGGUCAGGACAUGAACCAGGACCUGUAGCGAAGUUUAUUUUGAAAUGUCUCAAAUGCUUCUUCUGGUGUUUGGAGAAGUUUUUGAAAUUUUUAAACAAGAACGCCUACAUCGAGAUCGCUGUAUAUGGAAAGAAUUUCUGUACUUCAGCGAAGAAUGCAUUUUUUCUGCUGAUGAGAAAUAUUUUAAGGGUUGCUGUGUUGGAUAAAGUGACAGACUUUUUGCUGUUCAUCGGAAAACUAACAGUAACAGGCGGAAUGGGUGUUGCAAGUUUCUUCUUUUUCAACAAAAGAAAUGAUUUGAACUAUUAUCUUACACCGGUCAUUAUCAUAACCAUUGGAGCAUGGGUAGUAACGAGUGCAUUCUUUGGUGUUUAUGAAAUGGCCAUUAAUACGUUGUUCUUGUGCUUCUUGGAAGAUUGUGAGCGUCAUGAUGGUUCACCUGAGAAACCUUACUAUAUGUCGAAGAAACUAAAGAAAAUAUUAGGAAAGAAAAACAAAAAAACAGAAGAAGACGAAUAAAUGACGGGUUUUUUGUAUGUUUACACGUUUCUAAAUUGACGGCGUCUUUUAAAAGUUCGCGUCUCAUGUUUUGACCACGUAUUUAAAUUAUAUUGCAAAGUUAUAUUGUAUAUUUUGUUGCGCCGAAAUGCCUAAACGUUGUCGUUAAUUUUUCCGGUUUGCAGAAUGUCAACGUCUUAACCAUGUAGAAUUGAUCAUGUCAGCACAUUAAUUUUGUAAAUUCUUUUGUUUUAGUUUUUUUCGUGUAAACGGUGAUUAAGAAACUAUUUUAUAUGAAAUUUUAAAAUCCAACCCUCUCCCCUUGAACUUUUUAUCCCAUUUAAGAUUUGCUUCCACGUUUGGAAAACUUAACGUAGAUAUAAUCUAUUUUGAUUUCUCAUUUAAUUGGUAUCGUCUCCCUGAGUUGAAUAAUCUUUGACUAGAUGUAUAUAUUGAUAGAUGUUUAUAUUUGCACACGGACAGUUUUACUUUAGUUCUGGUGUUUUUUAGUAUUUAUACUUAAAUGUAUAUCAUGCCCAUGUUUGACACAAAUUUCGCAUAGUUUUUUUAUAUAAAUUAUAGUUGUAUAGAUUGUUUUUGUUGAUGCUAGUAACAGCAGUGACGCUUUUGUCAUUUUUACGCCCGUAUUGACGCUGUUUUUAAUUGUCUAACUCUUAAAGACAGUCAUUCAAAAGCAGAUUUCUACUUUCCACCUGCCAAAAAAUAAUAAUACCGAAUAUAAUGGUUGUUUUUGCUAAACUUGUCCCACUCGUUUUGAAUGAACAAAUUAGAGUAGUGAAUUGACCUGGCGCACCUCAAACACUUGAUAGAAUGCAUCUUCCUACAACUCACUCAAAGCUGCGACUAGUAUCAUCAAAAUGUUGUGUGAAUAAUAAGAUUGUGAUAUAAAAUUUUGAAAAAUAAAUUAUAAUAACAUACUUGCUAGUUUUUGUCUUUGUUUCGUAAUGUUGUUUUUUUCUGUACACCAUUAAAAUUUUGUUUUUUAUUUUGGCAUUAGUUCAAUUUAGCGUGGAUUUAAAGAAACUUUCGUGGAAUUAAUUUUCUCGAAUAACAGGCAAAAUGAGUUGAUGAGUUUUGAAGAAUUUAAUUUCGCAACUCACUAUAAUUCUGUUUUGAAUUUAAAGUAUUUUUUUUGCUGAAUACAAGCACAAUGGAUUAUUUUUGCAUUUCAGACGGGGUUUCGGCGACAAAAAAAGAUUAGUCCAUCUGAAAUUCUCUAUUUACAACAGUACAAAACAUAACGCAAAAAAGUUGUAUUAAAAACAGAAUUAUUGAAGGUAGUACAGCUAAAUCCUUACAUAGAGGACACCUAUAUGAAGAAAAGUUUUCACUAUGUGCAUGAUUUCACUGUAGUCAGGUAGCAGACAGCAUAAAAAUGUUUUUAAAAUGUCCCUGGAUGGUACAUACUUCUCCAUUUUUGUUGUUGUCUCCUUCCUGACUACCUUAAGGGAACUUAUUUUGGCGGGAACUAAUUUUGGCGGACGAAGGAAAUCUAAAAAAAAUUUAAUUUUGGCGGGAACUAAUUUUGGCGGAUCAACGAAAUUUUUAAUUUUGGCGGGAACUUAUUUUGGCGGGUGGCGGUUUUUUUUAAUUUUGGCGGGAACUUAUUUUGGCGGGUCAGCGGAUUUUUUAAUUUUGGCGGGAACUAAUUUUGGCGAGUGAAGGAUUUUUUCAAAUUUCAACGAAAAUUUU